UUCAUUAAUUGCGUUUCUGACUUUACUCCAAACCAAUAGAUGGCAGAUCAUCAAUUGGAUUGUAAACAAAUUCGUGUUUGAUUAUAAUUUGCUUUUAUCGUUUCUUAAUUUAAUUAUUUUAUUCAAAUUGUUUGGCAACAUUGCCAAUUAGUGAUGAAGCAAUUCUGGUUUGAAAAUAGCUGGCCUUUCAAUUCUCAUCAGUGAAUUGGUGAUCAAACGACGGUUUAACAUGUGCAAAUAUUUUGACUGAUUAAAUUGAACACCAAGUAUUUACAACAACAAUGUUCACUGGGAGCGUAAAACAAGCCACCUUGACAUAGGAAAAGGAUAAUAGGAAAACCAAGGAAAUUAACCAAAGCGCUUCAAACGUUCAAACUGGAUUUCAUUUUCAUUCAUAUAAACCAUAACAAUAAACAUGGAAUUGAACCAAGAUUAAAUGAGCAAUUAGGAAGAUCCAGGAGUUAUGGCUAAUUCCAGUCAAGCAACAAAUUGAAAGUGGAUUGAUAAAGACGCAAUAAUCUCUCAAUCACAAUUGAAGCCAACACAACCUGGACUAACCUUGUGAUGACCCAAAGACAAGUGAUAAUUAGACUUUUUGGUGAUAUAAAUGGUUCCUACAAAUGUUUCAAACAAGCAUUUGGACAAAAGCAUUACAUUGUAUCGCCAUUGUAGACUAUUUGAGAUUCACCGAACACCAACAAAUCUAAUUCUCAACUUUAUAACUUUUUAUUUCCACCUUUUUAUAUUUACUUAUUUAAUAUUGACUCUUUUUUCCUACCUUCUUGUUCCUUCAUCAUUUCUCUGGUUAUUAUUAUUAUUGCUGUGUUGAACAAAUAAUAUAACCAAAUGAAAUGAUAAAUUGUGUGACUUGACUGAGCAAAUAAUCUCUGUAAUCAUUUCAUAUAUCAGAAUUUUUCACAAUUCAGUUUAAAAAGAUAAACAGAAGAUGGCAAAAAAAGGAAGCAAAGGAACCACCACCGCAACUCUACGCAUUCUCAUCCAUUUACCAUCAUUUUACCAGCCAAAAUCGAGACUCACUCCAAGUCUUUGGGAUAAUGGGAAAAGCUGAUCACAUUUUAUCAACCAUGCAGACCAAAGCAACAAUAACAUCAUUAUCAUCAUCAACAUCAAGAACAACAACAACAUCAACCUGAUCAAAGAACUUGAUUUGCAUGAACCAAAAAAAAAGAGUCGAUUAGCAACAUUAUUGUCUAAUCAUUCCUGUAUCAUCUGAUUGAAUUGUCUUCUUUUUUUCAGUUACAAUUUCUUGUGAUAAUCUCUCAUGUUGUGUGAAAUGGUUAAACUUGUGAUUCCAAUAUUAACAGAGUUAAUCAAUGUUAAUCAAUGUCAAAACAUGUUUCCCAUUUAACACCCAACUUGCACCUGUAAAUGUUACCUCUAACCCUUCCAAACCGUUGACAAGUUGAUUAGUUGCUAUUAAUUUUCACUUCAACUUGUGAUUAACAUCCAACGGAAACAUUAACAAAUGAACCAAGUAAAUUAAUACCAUGUUAAAUUGUUGAAUCAAAUUUUUUCCUCUCUAUUAGUCAAGUGUGUUUCUUACGCAAAGAAAAGAUAUUAAAACAUUUCUCUUUACCAUUGUGAUUAUAACCCAAAGUUGAGAAUUAAAAAUUGUGUGUUUGAAAGUGAAAUAACAGCAGCAAUGUUGAUUAAAAGGCGAAAAAAAGUAUCAAUGUUGAUAUAAUUGUCACCAUCAUCAGAAUUAUUAUCACACCCAAAAAAAAGAAGAAGGAAAAUAAUGAUUAGUGUUUCAACAGAUAAUCUGUAAAUCUAUUUCCUACCAUUGUGAUUAUCCUUUAUUGUUUCUUGUCGUUGCACCUUUUUUUGGGUUGAGUUGAUUCCAAUUGAAUAGACUGUCAUCUAGUUGAUUAACCCAUCAACCUGGAUUACAGUCAACCGGAUUAUCAACCAAUAAGACAACAACAAGUGAUUAGUGAAUCUUUGUGUGUUUCCAUAUUUUAAUCCAACGCAAGCAUAAAAAAGAAACGGAUUCAGUGAGUUUACAUUAUCUAACAUUGACCCGUAAAGAUGGAUAACUACAUUGGAAUGACCACUUUGAAUGGUAAAAAUGAAGGCCUAGGAUCAGGUUCAACCGGUGAUCAAUCCCACAAACAGUGUCCAAACAGUGAAUCAAGUAAAUCAUGUCGAUGUUGCCAUCGAUUGGGUUCCCUAUUGUGUUCAAACCUAGGCUUAUCCCUGUUAAUUUUGGGCUACUCAACAUUGGGUGCUUUCCUGUUUAGCCAGCUUGAAUCGUUAAGUGAAAAACAGCGGAUUAACCAAGUAAUUGCUUUACGCAAUUUAACGGUAGCUAAAUUGUGGAGAAUUACUGAGAAUACAAAUAUUUUAAAGGAAGAAAAUUGGACCGCCAUGACAACAAAUGAAAUCAUUAAAUUUCAAAAGCUUUUAUAUCAAGCAUUCAUGGAAGGCUUUGAUGGUAGAGAAGCAGUUAACCCAAAAGCUGACCAAUGGUCAUUUACAGGUGCCUUUCUCUAUUCAAUUACCGUGAUAACAACAAUUGGAUACGGAAAUAUUGGACCAAGAACUAUGGAAGGGAAAAUGUUGACAAUUUUAUAUGCACUUUUGGGUAUUCCAUUGAUGAUUCUGUUUCUAUCCAAGAUGGGCUCAAUGUUGGCCAAUGGGUUGAGAUACUUUUACCGUAGUUGUUGCAGUUGCCUGCCCAGUCCAAGUGCAUCAACACUACCCAACUCAGGGACACUUGAUGUCCUUGAUCCUGUCCAUUUAUCCUCCUCAAGUGGACUCUUAUCUCACCAUGCUCAUCACUCGCACCAUCAUUUACAUGAUCAUUAUCAUGUUCAUCAUAUAUCAUUGAAUGAUAUUCACAAUAACACAACCGGUCAUGUAGCCCUUCACUGCAACUCUACCUCACCCAACACCACUGGUACCUUAGGUAUAGUCUGCAAGGGAACCCCGGGUACGACUACUUGCUACGGUGGAUCAGGCACUUGUAAUGCCAUUACAGUGUCUGGUUCAGGUGGUGGUGGAGGUGGAGUGGCUCUGUCACCGACCGUCGUCUCGAUGGGUAACUCGGUUGGUCCGCUGGGUGGAACCUUGGGUGACUCGGAGACCAAAAUAUGCCCUGAAACAGAAGUGCCUGAACAUUAUACAACCUGUGGUGGACUGUUACUUAACCGUCAUUCCCAUGCAACCAUACUUCGUGGUGAUACCCUUCAUCAUCACGGUGAUCAUAUCAAUGCGACUCUUGCUACAUGCCAAGGUGAUCAUAGUGAUUAUCGAUACCAAGAAACGAAUCAUCAUCAUCCAGGUUCAUCUCCCUGUAAUCAUCUAAUUAACCUUACAAGCGCCACCAACAAUAGUAAUCCAACCAGUAAAACAAAUGAUAAUCAGAUGAACAAUAAAAUGUGUGAUAAUAAUUACAAUUCAAAUUAUUAUCCCAAAACCGUCCCAAUAACGUUGUGUUGUAUUAUAAUAGCAGUUUACAUUUUUGCUGGAGCUUCAGUGUUUUACCUUUGGGAAGGUUGGAGCUAUUGGGAGUCAGUUUAUUUUUGCUUUGCCUCAAUAUCGACCAUCGGCUUGGGCCAGGCAACCUGGGUUUUAAGUGAUUUCAGAAAUUCCGAGAAAAAGUUGAUUCUUUGCUGUUUAUAUAUUUUAUUUGGUCUAUCCCUUGGUGCCAUGGUUUUCAACCUUUAUCAAGAUCACUUGAGGCGUAAACUGUCAAACUCAAAGUGCGCUAAACGUCAUUCAACCGAAUGUCCACAUCAUCUGACAGAACGUGAACUGUUGACUGCAACACCAGCACCCAACAACCCGUUACUGGGUGAAGAUGAUUUCGACGUUUGACUAUUGGAACCACAAGAGUGAGAUAAUCAAAUGAAUGGUAAUCUCAAAGUGCUGUUAUUAAGAUCAAGGUUUACAAUCUACUAACCUGAUGAUGAAAGUUGAAAUAAUUAUUUUUGUUGUAAAUUGAAAAUGAACGCGUAAAAGAGUCAACUUUUGUUUCAUCAUGUCAAGUGCUCAAGUUCAACAUGUUGGGAAAAAGACACUAACCAGACUCAUGGUUUGACCAAAUCUUCAAAUGUCAUCAUGAUGAGCCAAAAAUGGUUUGGCAAAGAAAAUGAAAAAAAGAAAAAAAAGAAGACGAAAAAAUGAUAAUGUAAUUUUAAUGCAAUUAUCAUUGGAAUCUUUCGAUUCACAAUGGUUAACCCGAGAAAACAUUGAACAUUCGUUGAACCCAAUUGUUAUAUUACACUUUGAUAUAUUACCUUUAUUGAUAAUAGUGGCCUCAAGUGUGAGGUUAAAUUUGAGCAAACAAAUUCCCAAUGUAAAGGAGGAAAUAAUGAUUAAAGUGGGACAAACAAGGAAAAUAAAGGAAUGAGAAAAGGAGCAAAAAUUGUAUUCCAUAUUGAGUAUACUAUUAGUUAAUUCAAUUGAAUAAAAAGUGUUUACCAGAUAA